UCGCCUUCCCGGGUGUGGGUGACGGACACACUUUAGCUUUGGCGUUAGCUUCUUUGCGAAUACAUGUUAGCAUGGAGCUAACGCAGCUAGCAUGGGUUAGCACCUCUCUCGCUUUGUCAACUUUUGAGUAGUGAACGCACAUUUUUGGGGAAUUAUGACAACACACAUACGACCUUUUUUUUUGCCCAACGAUAAAAGAAAAGAGCCGUUUUUGGUUCCCCCAAAGCAGCUCCGGCCCCGGCCGCAGUCCGCGGUCUCGAGUUUGUAGACGCGGAGGCUCGACGGUGUGCAGCGGUCAGUGAGUCCCGGGGCCCCCCCCUGCCGCACGCAGCAGCAGCAGCAGCAGCAGCACCAGCACCAGCACCAUGGGAGACAGUCGAGAUUCACAGAGUCCGGACAGUUCGUCGGUGUCCUCCCCGCCAUCAGGCCAGCGCUCGCCACCUCUGGCGCCGUCAGCGGCGGCCUCUAUGACCUCCCUGCCUCCAAUCUCCAGCGCCGGGGUCAACAGCCCCAUCAGUAGCAUCGGUUCUCCUUUUUCGGUCAUCAGCUCCUCGCUGGGCUCUCCCUGCCUGCCGGGCACGCCAUCGGUCGGCUACGGUCCUAUUAGUAGUCCGCAAAUAAACUCCACAGUGUCCAUGUCAGGACUACACGCUGUGAGCAGCUCAGACGACGUCAAACCUCCGAUAGGCCUGAAGCUGUCGGGGCAGAGCCCGGGCCCGAUGCUUUCCCAGAAACGCCUUUGUUCCAUCUGCGGCGACCGAUCCUCCGGAAAGCACUAUGGCGUGUACAGCUGCGAGGGCUGCAAAGGCUUCUUUAAGCGGACGGUGCGCAAAGACCUGACCUACACCUGUCGGGACAGUAAGGACUGCAUGGUAGACAAGAGGCAGAGGAACCGCUGCCAAUACUGCCGCUACCAGAAGUGCCUGGCCAUGGGCAUGAAGAGAGAAGUGGCUAAGAUGAACGACAGAUCGGUUCAAGAGGAGCGUCAGAGGAACAAAGAGCGCGAGGGCGAGGUGGAGUCCACCAGCAUGGUCAACGAGGAGAUGCCAGUGGAGAAGAUUUUGGAGGCGGAGAUGGCCGUGGAGCAGAAGACGGAGCUACACGCCGACGGAAGCUCUGGAGGAAGCUCUCCCAACGACCCCGUCACGAACAUCUGCCAGGCUGCAGACAAGCAGCUCUUCACCUUGGUGGAGUGGGCCAAGAGGAUCCCCCACUUCUCGGAACUGCCCCUCGACGACCAGGUUAUCUUGCUUCGCGCAGGUUGGAAUGAGCUGCUGAUCGCCUCCUUCUCCCACCGCUCCAUCUCGGUCAAGGACGGGAUCUUAUUGGCCACCGGCCUCCACGUGCAUCGGAGCAGUGCUCACAGCGCCGGCGUCGGAGCCAUCUUUGACAGGGCGCACAAUGCUGAGGUUGGGGCCAUAUUUGACAGGGUUUUGACAGAGCUGGUGAGCAAGAUGAGAGACAUGCAGAUGGACAAGACUGAGCUGGGCUGCCUGCGCGCCAUCAUCCUCUUCAAUCCAGAUGCCAAGGGCUUGUCCAACCCCAGCGAGGUGGAGCUGCUGAGAGAACGGGUGUAUGCGUCUCUGGAAACUUACUGUAAGCAGAAGUACCCGGACCAGCAGGGCAGGUUUGCCAAGCUCCUCCUUCGGCUGCCGGCGCUGCGCUCCAUCGGCCUGAAGUGCCUGGAGCACCUGUUCUUCUUCAAGCUGAUAGGCGACACGCCCAUCGACACCUUCCUCAUGGAGAUGCUGGAGGCCCCUCACCAGCUCACCUAGGCGAGCCGGCCCGCCGGUCAGGAGGCCGCAUUGCACACCGGGAUUAGCCGCAUGCCGCCCGCAGUCGGUCUCGUCGAGCUUCACUUAAUUAAACUGCCGCACCUGCUGGGCUUCAAGUAGCCCUCACACUUGUACACACACAAACACACACAGUUCAGCCGCUGUAUUACACACACAGACACACACACACACACCUAACUUGCAGAGGCGACACGGUUUUAACUAUACGCUCAUAUCACCGUCUUUCUUGUACUCAGUGUUUCACCUCUUCUUACCCAUAUAAACGGUCGAAUAUGUGCAUACAUAUGCAUAUAUGUAUUUCGGAGUGUGUGUAUAUGCACAUGUGUGAGUGGUAAAGGUCUUAAACAUGAGUUAGCCUUCAUGUCAGAGCGCCUCUGUAUCUUAGAUCCGCUGGGUUCAUUGAUGGUUUUUAGCUUCCAAUCAGGUGCGUAGCAUUUCAAUCAACUCGCCGCCGUCACACCAGCGUGUCUCCUUAUCAACUUAAUCCUAAAAUGUAUUAUAAAUGCUUUGUAUUUCCAUUAUCAUGCUGAAACUUGUUUUUGGUUUCUAUCUUGAAGUACUGUACUCAUGAAAUGAGAGCUUUUUUCCAAGGCAUUGAAAUCCAGGAGGGUUUGGGAGCACUUUGAAUGACUAACGUUGUCCUUCCAUCCCUGAUGUCCGCACAGUGGGCUUUGUAAGACAAAACGAAUGACUUGAAUUUAUAUAUAUUUUUUUUGUUUCAUUUUGAUUUGAUCUUUUGUUUCUUCUCUACUCUGGCAGUCGGUUGGCAGUUUGACGAGCUUGAGGGAGUUGAGAGCUUCACGCCAAACGGGUCGGUUUCUCUUUUUAAUAGCCCGGACGUCGUCCUUCCCCCGGUGGUCAUUUUUGCACUUUUGUGAGUCGUACCUGUGUGAACGUUUCCUCCGAAUAGCCGCCGUCUCCGAGACAAGGUACUUCGUGUUGGCUUUCUCGCUCCUCCUCGCUGCCGCAUCUAGUCAGAGAUCAGUCGUGUGUGACGAUGUAAAUGUAACCCGAUUUCUGUUUAUUAGGCACGCCGAGCUCAAUGUGAUGGUGAGCAAUGACAAUGUCGUUUUGGGUUGCGGUGAAAUAAGCUCGGUGCACCUAAUUGCGACCAUAGAAUAGUGGCAUGAAAAGAAAGAGAUGAUUGGACCUUGUAAUAUUGCAAUAUUCUAUGCCCCCUCUUCCUCUCCCAAUUGAUGACAUUAGUAGUUGUGCAUAGACAUACGCAGCAAAGGACCAGAGUUUAGGAUGCGAAUGAGUUGUGCGCGACUGACUACCUGGCACUUUGACAACUUUUCUACAUUAGAUGUGUAAAUAUUAGGACUUGAAAAUCACAAACAUCCUGCUCGCCAGUAGUCAGGAUGUUUGUGACAUCCUGACUCCAACAAAGAUUAAAAAAAAUAUAUAUCCCCUCCCCCCUCCCCAUCUAAUUAAUGACUGUGUCCCAAACUGCAGUCUUUGCACCCGUGUUCUUAAUUGGCACUUGACUUUUACUGUGAUUUUUAACCAUGCGCAGCUCCAAACGUGAUUAGCAGUGUUCAGCAAUACUGCUCUGGCUUUCAUGAUCAUUAUCGUGAGCUUUUUUCUCGUCCAGAGGUUUGUGGGCAGCGGUGAGGCUCUAUGGACAGGGAAUAGGUGCUAAAUAUCUAACACAGUCUUGCACAUUCACACCAAUGCAAUCAAUGCACAGUAUGCAAGUAGACGGGCAGCGAAACAGUCAGUGGAAGCAGAUAAGUAUUAGAGAGUCCAAAUACAUCCUCUCAAAGAGGACUUUUGCAUUUGUGUGACUUGGCCCGCCGUUAGACGACCUGUAAGACAGGCGCUUCUUUUUCAAUGUUUGGCUUUUCUUCUUUGGCGAGCGAGUUGUGGGAAUGGAGGCAUUGAGUUUGCGUUUAGCGCAGGCAGGGGUGGGCAAACUACGGCAGCUCCGUUCUUUAAUCCGACCAACCGCGCAUUUGCGUUAUCAAGAGUACUGUUUCUUGUUAAUUUAAUAUUAAGUUUUUCACUGAAAUUGAUAAAUCAAAAUGUAUUUUUGUUUGUUGAUCUAAUUCUAUAAUUCAAAUUGUUUUGAACAAUUUCACGUAAAUUUUCAUAAUUUGCUUAAUUUGUUUGUAAAUUAUAAUGCAUUCAUUAUAAAUACAAUUAAAUGAACAUGAUUUAUUUUAUUAGUUGCAUGAAUUUAGCCGUCCUGUUGCAUAAAAUUAAUUGCUAAAAUAUUUUAAAAAUUCAGUUCAAAUAAUUGUUCUAUUGAAUUAAAUCAGCAUUUUUUAUUUUAUUAUUAAAGUGCAAUUUUAAAAACUUUUUAUUUAAAUGUUUUUUUUUUUGUUUUGUUUAACCUCAUUUACAAAUGACCUGCCCAUCUGUCUAAUUUAAUUGAGCACAAAAGGUUGCCCACCCCUGGUUUAGAGGAUGUUUUUUUAUUAACCAGCUCUUUUUAGAAGCGAACCCCAAAAAUGAGAUUUUUAACACGGCAAGACGUAUGCGAGCUGUCUCACCUUUUGCGUGAUUGACAGCUCACUGUGUUUACCCUCCAGAAGCUUCCUCGGCGGAGCGUUGAAGGCCGCUGCGGUCGGCCAUGUUGCUUCUGAUGGGGCCGUAAUGACCUUAAAUGCCAAUAUUUCACGUUGAUGAUGAUGACCGGACACAAAUAUGCAAUGUGAACUGUGCGGAAAAUAUUAAUUGAGCCACAGAGAGCUAGAGUGGGCUAACUCCACUUUUGUCGUUUUGCAGGAGAGUGAGUUGAGGUUUUAACAUGGAGUAUAUGUGGGGAAUUUAAAACGUAUGGCUUUUUUUUAGAUACUUGUUUUUACAGAAAUUGUGGUUUUCCUCAGAUUUUUUGCAUUUUGAUGAUAUGCUUACACUUUUGUCCACAACGCAACUGUCAUCUUCAAUUUCAUAGGUUGCAUCCUGGUCAGAAAGAAAACAAACUGGUCUAAGAAAAAUACAUUUUGUGAAAAAUUGGUCUAAAUCCAAGCAUCCGUCAAAUCUAUCAACAUUUCAUGAAAUGUGAUAAAUUACAUUCACAGAUAAGAACUUGCAGAUGCACUGGCAUCCAAGCUAAAGCACCAUUUACUUUGUGAGUCUUCUAUCAUUCUCACUUUCUGGGAUGCUGGUCCAGUGUUGCACUGAAUCAGCGAAAAGUGCUGAGUGGAAUAAUGGACUGUCCCCAUAUGUCAAAAUUGGAACUAAACCUUGAUUUAGACCAGUAUUCAUCUGAGAGAUAUGCCCCCUCUCUAAUCGUUUCUGCACUUAAAAAAAAAAAAAAAAAAAAAAAAGACGACAAUCAUGUUAGCCCACUGUAGUUCUCAGGGGCUCAGUUGUGGUAAUGGAGUGGGGUCUGUUACAUAAGUGCGUCCCAUCCCCGGAUCCACUGUGCGAGAUUGACUGCUUUAUUACUGCAACCCAGCCCUCCACCAUCAUCUUUUUUGGCCAUAGCUGCUUUUUCUCAAUGAAUUAAUGAAGCUUCCAAUCAAGCGUGAGCGGAUUAGGCUGUUCAUCUGCGCACUCGUGUGACAUUAUUGUCGUAAAACAAUGUGAAGCUUUCCAGGGCUCUGCGGAGAUAAGAGUCCUCCUCCCCCCCAUGUGUUUACUGUACUUGAUGACCACAAAUGCACGGGUUCUCAAACUUUUUGGGUUCAGAGGACGAUUUUUUCCAAGGCCCCCAAUGCCCCUGGCGCGAGAGGUGCAAAUUGUAUUUUCUCUUGAGGGAUUAUAAUCCGUAUACAGUGGUGUUUUGUGCUAUUGUCUUGUCUGGUGCUGUGGUGACAUCUUGUGUUUGAAAAAAGGUAAGUGUCCCGGUUCGGGCUCAGUGUGUCGACCUGUUUUGCCACAUCAGUUGCACAUAUACCGGAUUAAACAUAACUACCAUGUGUACCCCUAAAUGCCGUGGGAAUUAAUUAGUUGCUAUUUUCGAGGAAAAAAAUGUAAUGUUACAAUAGCAACUGCAUGUUUUUUAGAGGAAAACAAAGUUAUGUCAUGAGAAUAGUGGUACUUUUACCUUUUACUUUAAAAUAAAUAUGCAGCGAUGUCAAAUUUAUGUAGGUUUGCACUUUGAUACGACAUAAUGGUCUUGUCGAAAAGUAUUUGUCAAACCUCUAAAACCUAUGGUGCACGGACCCCAGUUUGAGAACCCCUGCAUAAUUGUCAUGGGUGAGCGUAUAUUUUGUUACGUUUGUAGAUGCUGUUUGAGACCAAGUGAGUUUUUUAUUAAAGAUGGAUGCCAUGUAUAUCAAGACAUUGGUAGAUGACGUAGCCCCCGCCCAAGUGAGGAGCGGGUCUUGUCGGUUUCUUUCUGAGCUGAUGAAGGGUCUCUCAUAGGAAUGGAGUGGCAGCUGGUGUGUGAGGGUCCGGUCAAAAGAAAGUACAGUGUCUGUAAAAAGUCUACACACCCUAUUUGAAAUGCCAGGUUUGAAUGACUGAAAAUGAGACCAAGAUAAAUCGUUUCAAAACUUUCUCCACUGUUAAUUUGAUUUAUAGAUAACCUCUGCAAUUCAUUGAAAAAAAUCAUAUACUUGAGGGGGUGGAAGUAAAAAUGAGCUGAGAUGUUUGCGCAUGUUUGUCUAUGCAAAAUUAUGAAAACCAGGUCACAUUCAUGGUGGAAAAUGUUUGGAAAUUAUUAACUUGGUCUCAUAUAUUUAUUUAUUUUUGAAUCACAAAAACCUGGCAUUCCAACAGGGAUGUGUACACUUUUUAUAUCCACUGUAUGACCGCAGCUAGUGGCCCAUCUUGGUGCUUAACCUGCAGAGCGUUGGUGCUUUCCCGCCCCCCCCACCCCCCCUCCUCCACUGCACGAUUUUGUGCAUUGGGCUUGGGUAACGCCGCCAGCGCAGGUGCGCUUUCUUUUCCCGAGAGGGUGAGCGUGGUCCACAUGUGCUCUGUUUUAGGAGGUCAAAGCUACAUGCUACUUUUGAAGGUCAACAAGAGGAGGAAACUAAAAAAAAAAUAAUAAUAAUUCCCCCUGUAGAGCAAGAAUCUUCCUUAAUUGUUUACUCUUAGCUAAAAUGAAAUUCACUGUUAUUUUCUGUCUCCCCUGUGCUUCCAGCCUUUUGUUUAUUACAAAGUAUUAAACAAAUGCAUCAACUUUCCAAUUCAAAUGAAACAUGUCCCUCCUUUUUCACGUUUCUUUUUUGUCCUGUUUGUAUCUUGCGCCAUCGUAAACGUGGAGCCCCGUGACUGUUGUGUGCUUUGGAGAUUUGAAAGAAGAAAAAUAUGAAAUAUUUUGUUUUUUUCCAGUCAUUAAUUCUGACUCUUGUUUCUGUUUGUUGUAUUAUGUCUGAGUAAAGCUUUUAAUACUGUACACAAA